AUCCAACCUGAUGGGAACCAAGUUCACAGUGUUUGACAAUGGCGCGAACCCCGACAGGGCCAAUGCCGACUGGUCGAACGUGCGGCAGGAGCUCUCAGCCGUGGUCUACGAGACCAAUGUUUUAGGGUUCAAAGGUCCCCGGAAGAUGACAGUCAUCAUCCCCGGGAUGAAUGCCGACAAUGAGAGGGUGCCUAUCCGGCCCCGAAAUGAUAACGAUGGCCUCCUGAUGCGAUGGCAGAACAAAAACAUGGACAACGUGAUUGAGCUGCACAACAAGGCGCCGGUGUGGAAUGACGAGACCCAGUCCUACGUCCUCAACUUCCAUGGCCGGGUCACCCAUGCCUCUGUCAAAAACUUCCAGAUUGUGCAUGGCAGUGACCCCGACUACAUCGUGAUGCAGUUUGGGCGCGUGGCAGAUGACGCCUUCACCAUGGACUACAACUACCCGCUCUGCGCUGUGCAGGCCUUCGCCAUCGCUCUCUCCAGCUUCGACGGGAAGCUGGCCUGCGAAUAG